CGCGUGCGCCCUGGGCCCGGGCCCCCGAGGAGCCAGAAUCCUGGAGGCCCCCAAUCCCAGGAGUCAUGUCCCUGCGCCCCGGCCCCCGGGAGACAUAAUCCCUGCGCCCCCGCCGCGCCCCUAGGAACCGCGUCCACAAGUCCCGGGGGCCGGCGUGGCAGGCGCCGGGCUCACUCCGGGAGGGGGUGGGCGCCGCGAGCCCCUUCCCGCAGGGGCGCCUGUGCCGUUGCCCGGCGGCCGGGGAGCCCGGGGGCCGCGGGGGACAGGAGCGCAGCGGACAGAGAGGCCUGGGCGCCGCCGGUCCGUGUUGCUGUUUACGCUGCGGGCGCGCCGUGCCCCCUGCCCGCCCGCCCGCUGCUCCCCCGCCCGCUCCAACAUGCCCUCAGUGCGCCUGUCGCCGCGCCCCGGGCGCUAGACCGCGCGGCCGCCAUGGGGAAUGGGAUGAACAAGAUCCUGCCUGGCCUGUAUAUCGGCAACUUCAAAGAUGCCAGAGAUGCAGAGCAAUUGAGCAAGAACAAGGUGACACACAUUCUGUCUGUGCACGACAGCGCCAGGCCAACGUUGGAGGGGGUUAAAUACCUGUGCAUUCCAGCAGCGGAUUCACCAUCUCAGAACCUAGAAGCACAACUUCUGGUCCUAGAAUCACACACCUCUUUGGAAAAGACACGCGCUGACGUCGGGCGACCGACCGGAAUGUCGCGCCGUAAGGCAGCCUGCUGGCGGCAAGGCUCCUGUGCAGCCUCCCGAUGGGAUCUGAAGUGCUUUACUGUAUUACAGUCUCCAGACAUAUCUGUUCUAUUUUACCACUUCUUUUCUUCAGGUUCCUCUGGGAAGAGUCCAGACUCUCCAGAUUUUCUGUUCAUUAGCUUCUUCCUGAGAUUAUGAAAAUUUGUUUUCCCUCACAAAAUGCACGAAGUCUACAGUGCCAUUCAGAAAAUUACUUUUAUUUUGUGAAUCCUAUAACGCUUCAUAAAGUGUUUCCAUAUAGACAGCACCUUCACGUACGUUGACUCAUUUUCGCAGCAAAGCUGUGGAAUCGCCAGCACCCACGCUCAGCUGCUAAGUAGCAGAAGAUGACCUCGAACUCAGGUCCGACCCAUGGCCCAUUGCUCUUUGCUCUGUACCGUGUUGGAACCAAUGAGCAACGAGCUCUCCGUGUGAGCCAAACAAAGAUAACCUGCCAAAAUCAUUUAGAAACAAAGGUUGAGGCAACGCUAUCAUGUGACAUGGUCGGGUCCCAGUGGAUUGACUUAUGAAUUAAUAAAGUGGAAUUGAAUCGUAGAAGAGGCCUCAGUUACCUGGUCCACGAGAGACCAGAUCCUGUCUCCACGUGAUACAUUUACACAGGGAAGUGUCUUUCCUCAAGGACUGUGGAUCUGAAACCGUCUUGAGGCUUGUAGACUUGACUUGGUUGUGUCUGAGAUCCACUAAACAGGUCUAGACAUGCCAGUGGGUGGCAUCUGGGUUAGGAGGGGCAGCAGGUAGAGACGGUGUCUGUCUAGGAGGGGCCUGUUGGAAGAACCAAGACAAAGGUGCAGAAAAUAAGCCAGAGGCAGGGCAGGAGCUGCCCGGGAGAAGCAAUGGGGCAGGUGGCCCAAGAACUGAGCAGACAGGAAGGAGGGACAUUGGUCCAGGUGGGGAUGGACUGUCCAGGAGCAGUGCCCUGCGGUCCUGGGGACCUGCCAGGCGGAGUGAGGGAUGCUGCUGUCUGCACUGCACAGGUUGGCACCACGUCACACGGUCUCACAAACACAACUCUGGACCGAUGACAGCUGUUCCAUCUAACACCAAACCAUCAGACAUACCUUAACAUUCUUUUAAGACCAAAGAAUCAGUCUCCUCUUGUCCAGAAUUGUUUUGCCCCAAAACAAAACAAA